GCCCGCCAUUUUACACAACAAUUUGAAGCAAGAUGGCGGGAGUUGGCGAUAGAAAUCGAUCCCUGAAGGAAGUCGUGUUGGAAAGUCUAACAGCCAUUUUGUCACCUCAACAUGAUACAAGAGCUGAUGGGGAAAAUCAAAUUAAGGCAUUAGAAGUGACAGAGGAGUUUGGUGUUUUCUUGGCUGAGAUCACUAUUGAUGGCAAUGGGCCUCUUGCAAUUCGACAGCUUGCUUCAAUCCUGCUCAAACAGUAUGUGGAGGCCCAUUGGUCACAGCACUCGGACAAGUUCCGAGCACCAGAAACAACAGAACCGGCGAAGCAGAAGAUCCGUGAGCUGCUGCCACCAGGCCUACAGGAGUCCAUCAGUAAAGUUCGGACCAGCAUCGCCUACGCUAUAUCGGCCAUCGCCCACUGGGACUGGCCGGAAGCAUGGCCACAGCUGUUCCAGGUCCUCAUGCAAGCCCUGACCAGUGGAGACACCAACGCCGUCCAUGGGGCAAUGAGAGUUCUCACAGAGUUUUGCCAGGACGUGACGGACACCCAGAUGAGUCAUGUUGCCCCCAUUAUCUUGCCGGAGAUGUACAAGAUCUUCCUCGAAGCUCAGAAAUUUGGGAUCAGAACACGAGGUCGAGCAGUUCAUAUCUUCAAUAUUUGUGCAGGCAUGAUAGCAGCCAUGAACGAACUGCAGAAGGGUGUUGCCAAGCAACUGUUGUUCCCCAUCCUGCCCCAGUUUGUGCAAGCGCUGGUCAUGGCGCUGCGGACGCCGGACGGGGAGAUGUCAGACAGCGGGCUCAAGAUGGAGAUCGUCAAGAGCAUCACAACACUGGUGAAGAGUUUCCCCAAGACGAUGCUGCAAUGGAUUCAGGAGGUCCUGCCGACUGUGUGGGACAUCUUCACGCUCAGUGCCGACUUCUAUGUGAGAACAGUUGUCAACAAUCAGGAGGAGGCAGAGGACCCGGUAGAUUCGGAUGGCGACAUCUUGGGGUUUGAAAACCUGGUGUACAGCGUGUUCGAGUUUGUUCACGCUCUCAUCGAUUCGUCUAAGUUCCGCAGCACAGUGAAGAAGACCAUUGAUCAGAUUCUGUACUACGUGAUCAUCUACAUGCAGAUGACACAGGACCAGAUCCGACUCUGGAGCAACAACCCAGACCAGUUUGUGGAGGAUGAGGAUGACGACAGCUUCUCCUACUCUGUGAGGAUCUCGGCCCAGGAUCUGCUGCUGUCCCUGUCCAGUGAGUUCCAGGCAGACAGUGGUCCGGCCCUGUGUAAUGCAGUCGGUAAACUCAUGCAGGAAGCGGAAGGCGUGAAAAACUCUGGGAAUCCCAUGUGGUGGAAGACCCACGAGUCGAGCAUGAUGGCCCUUGGCAGCGUCAAGGCCUUAGUCCUGGAGUCCAUUCAGUCGGGCAAAGUCCAGUUUGACAUCAUCGGCUUCCUGCAGUCUGUUGUAUUAGAGGAUCUCAAUCAGUCUGCGUCUCCGUUCCUGGUGGGUCGGUGUUUGUGGAUGGGCAGCAGGUAUGCCGAAGCCAUGCCCCAGGAACUCUUACAGAGGUUUCUGCAGGCGACAGUUGGAGGUUUGAACAUCUCUCAGCCACCCAGCAUCCGAAUCUCGGCCAUCAGAGCUGUGUUCGGAUUCUGUGACCAUCUCAAGACGUCGAACAACACCCAGCUCCUUGUGCCAUAUCUACCCAAUAUUGUGUCGGAACUAGUCACCAUAGCAACACAGUUUUCUGCAGAAGUCCUUGGCCUCUGUCUGGAGACGUUAACAGUUGUUGUUGCGGUUGACAAAGCGUUCACAGCUUCCCAAGAAAGCAAGUUGUCUCCCCUUGCCAUUGCUACGUUCCUCAAGUUCUCCGGAGAUCCCUUCAUUGUGUCUCUGGUGCAGGACAUGAUCAAAGAGCUUGCAGAAAACCCUGGAUGUUCUGCAGCUCUGGAGCAACGCCUCGUCCCGACCCUCGUCAGCAUCCUCCGCAGUGCCACCGACACCGUGAUGCCCGGACUCACCACGGUAUCGCUGGACAUGUUGACGACGCUGGUGCGAGGAAGUCAGGAGCUGGUGUCCGAUGUGUUGAUGACCGCCUUCCCUGCCGCUGUGGAGUGUACCCUGAAGACAGACGACAACGCAUCAAUGCAGAGCGGAGGCGAGUGUCUUCGAGCCUACUCAUCGAAAGCACUGGACCAAGUGACAACAUGGCAGGAUGAGCAGGGUAAGAAUGGCUUGUACUACAUUGUGCAAGUGAUUUCCAAACUCCUUGAUCCGAAGACGUCUGAGCACACUGCUGCCUUUGUUGGCCGCCUUGUUUCUGUGGUGAUCAGCAAGGUGGGGACACAGCUGGGGGAGAACCUGGACCUGAUGCUGAGGGCCGUCCUCAGCAAGAUGCAGCAGGCGGAGACGCUCAGCGUCAUGCAGAGUCUGGUGAUGGUGUUCGCCCACCUGAUCCACACGCAGAUGGAGGCGGUCCUGGACUUCCUGACCAGUGUCCCAAGUCCUACUGGCCGACCAGCGCUGGAGUUCGUCAUGUCGGAGUGGUGCUCCAGACAACAUCUGUUUUAUGGCAGCUAUGAGAGGAAAGUCAGCUCUGUGGCUCUGUGCAAACUGCUGCAGCACGCUGUGUCCAGCAACGAUCCCCGCUUACAGAACAUCACGGUCCGAGGCGAGCAGAUCAUGCAGCAGAACGGAGGCAUCAGAACACGCUCCAAGAGCGCCUCGGACCCCGAGGAAUGGACAACGGUCCCUCUGCUGGUAAAGAUCUACAAGCUCCUCAUCAACGAGUUGUCCAACCAGAUAGAGUCCAGUCUGUCCGCCCAGGUCGGGGAGGAGGAGGGAGAGGGAUGGGAGGAAGAGGAGGAAGAUGACCUUGAUGAUGACAUUGCUAUUGGUGGCCAGAGUUUGUCGGAGCUUAUAGACCAGUAUGCAGGGGAAUAUGGAGGUCUGGAUCUCGACGAUGAAGAGGACGAUGACCCAGAUGCUCAGGCGGAUCCAACCAACCAGAUCAACCUGCAGAAUUACCUGACUGAGUACCUGAAGGUGUUCUCCAGCUCGCAGUGCUACUCACUGUUCAGCUCACACCACAACGAGUCGGAGAAGCAAGUCCUGCGCUCCAUCAGUAUCAGCGUGUGACCUUUGUCAUUAUAGACAGUUCAAGGCUACAGCAAUGGAUGAUGAAACUUGUGACUGUUGGUGUGGUUGUGCAAUAUGGCGCCAUGAAGAUCGCCAUUUCUCCAAGAGUGAAAACUGGAGACUUACAGUAGACACUCGCAGCAAGUUGGUGUAGCAACCAGUGAAAGAUUCAGGGAUUUCUCCUGCUGUGUAAUCCGAUGCCGACAUGGACAGUUGUAUUUGUGAUAUCCUACUUUGUGUUUUAGACAAAGGGGAUUAAAUGCUACUAAUAGAUAUUCAUGCUUCCCUUCUCGGGGCCAGUUGCCCAGAUAGUCAGUGCUGCUGUUCCUGAAGAAGGAAGGAAGGACUACGACAGGUUAAAUGCUAGGGCUGGCUAAAAAGAUUGAAAAAACGAAAUUAUCAUCGAUGGGAAGAAAUAUUAAAGAUAAUCAAUAUGAAAAUUGUGUCAUUGAUAAUAUCUUACAUAAACUAUUGUAAUGAAAUAAAGUUUUAGGUUACUUGUUUUUGCCCACUACUCAAGACGGCAAGCAACUGAUUUUGUUAUACCUUAAAUGUCCACAAAGGAAUCCAUGCAUCAAUGUCACCACUCAUGUGAAAUACGAUGUGUUGUCUCUGUGCUGUUUGCAUAUUUGCUGAUAGUUACUUCUCCGAUAUUUAUCGACGAUAGAUCGAUGGUAAGUUAAUGAUUACCAAUCUCUAAGAUCUAUAGCCAGUGCUAUUAUAUGCAGGAUAAAUGUCAGUCAGACUAUGUCAGCUUUAGUCAAGUCUCUCACAGGACAAAGUACUGAGUUCUUGUAGAAUGCCCCCUGUGUCAGCUUAACACCUUGUACUUUGUCCAUAGUAUUAAACUGUUUCCCACUGUUUUGUUACAUUUAUCACUGCAAGUCUUGUAAAUACAUGUAACAUUUUUAAACAUGACAAACCUUACUUUUGUAAUAAAUUGUACAUAAACAAUGAA